CUAUGAGAGAUCCUUUUCGAAGAUGGAUGACAUAGCCCAAAUUGAGUUAUCCAACUGUGAAACAGAGGAUACCCUCCAGAGCAUUAAGAAGAGCCUCGAGGAUCUUGUGCAAGUUUGUGCACAGCUUGCUCAAGAUCCCCUUUCUGCUACCAUAGAAGAAGAGGAGGAGGAUGAAAGAGGCUACAAGGACAUGGUUGAGCAUACGGAAGUUGUCACGAUGAACUCCCGUGAUGAUCAUGAUCAGGAAUAUCCUGUUGUAGCUGACCACAUCUUUCCACAUCCCACGUCGAGCUUUGAAGAGGUGGGCAUGAGCAAGGAGAUGCAAGAUGAUCUCGUGAAAGAAAUUGCUUGGCGACUUACUCUCCCAUUCGUGAUUGACGACUUGCUCUCCAAUCCGUGCUAGAAGAAGAAGAAGAAGAAGAAGAAGAAGAAGAAGAAGAAGAAGAAGAAGAAGAAGAGCGAGAAAAGAUGAGGAAAGAAGUUGUGGAGGAUUGUGAAAGUGAAUUAGAGGAAGUUCUUGUUCUUUUGCAAGGGGAGGAAUCAAAUUCUGAGGAAGGAAGGGGGGUUAAAGAAGCAAUUGGCGUCCAGGUGAGGAUGAAGUUGUGGUUGAAGAGGCUUGCACCGGUCAUGAGUUACAUGUGAUAUCUCCACCAAACUUCGAGGAGCUGCUUGGCAAGGACCCAUUUGCAGUGUCUCUUUGCCAGACCAAGGCCACAUCAACAUCGAUUCCUCUUGGUGGACAUGAUGGUGGCCACACGAUGUUGUUAUAUCUGGUUUGGGGCAAUGAGACGAGAGAAGAGAAGAAGAGGUCUCGAGGGUGGAGACUUCAUCUGCAUCAGGUGCACGAGCCUUCAUCACUUGUCAUACCACAUGCUCGUGACUUGAGACUCCACCUCAUCGACGAGAACCUCAACUUCAAGGAUGUUUCAGGGUGGACCGAAACUAGGAGCCACCGUUCGGCUCAAGACGUGAAAGAAGCGCUUGUUGGGAGGAAACCCAACCAAUCAGUUUGCAUUUCAUUCCCUGUUUCUCUUCGGUUGAGUCGGUUUUUUUCUUUGAUUUUAGAGUCAAUAACUCAACCUUUAUGAGAUUUUAUGUGUUGUUUGUGUUCUGACUGCUCUCUCUCCUCCUGGAAUGCACCUCCUGGCCCGUCCACCAUCAUUCACACUUAAUCUUGUAACUUCUUCUGCCCUCCUUAUUUUUCCUCCAUUGAGGACAACGUCGUGCUUAAGUGUGGGGGGUGUUCGAUUAUGUAUGCAUGUGAAUGUUUGGUUGUAUGUGUGUGCUUGGAGCCUAGUCCACUAUCCAAAUUUUACGAUUUGAGGGCUCCAAAUACGUGUCCCUUGCAAAUGUCUGCUCAGUAUGCUUUGAAUUGACACUCUUUAUAGUGAUAUGCAACUUACGGAGGUAGUGUAGCACUAUGGAUGAUGUUGAUGCAUUUAGGAAUUCUCCUUUCUUCUUCAUAUUGUGUUGUAUGAUUGUGUGAAUUAGUGAUCUUAGUACACUUGAAUCGUGUGGUAUUGAUGACUCUCUACUUGUCAUGGACUCAUGUAUCAUGUUUGAAAACUUGUCUCUAAAUUGUGAUUUUAAAACAAUGUCUCCCGUGUGAAAAACGGUGAAAGUGUGUAAGGGGAGACGGGAAUCCGUUCCCAAUUUCCACCUACUACCUCCAGCCAUCUUGCAUUUCUUUCCCCCGCACGAGGCUUGAGACAUCUGCUCCCGGCAUGGCCGGUAAGAGCUGGGCUCCCUCAAAACCUUUGUUGGGUGGGAGCCCCGUUUUCUGGAAAUUAAAGGUUGGAACCCUU